CGAAACAAUCAACACAUCAAAAUGUCUUGUGAAAUUCCCACAACACAAUUUCUAAAUAAUUUAACGCUGGAAGAAAAACAAGAUUUUCUCGAUUCUUUCGAUUUGGUAUUUUGUGAUUGUGAUGGUGUUAUUUGGCAAAAUUUUUAUGAUGAAAUACCUGGCUCCUCAGAUGCUGUCAAAUAUUUACGUAAUAUUGGCAAGCAAGUGGCUUUCGUUACAAAUAAUAGUAUUAUCUCAACGAAAGAUCAAUUGAGCAAAUUUGCUGGCUGCGGUUUGGAUAUUGAAGAGAACGAUUUAAUACAUCCCGCCAAAACUAUCUGUGAUUAUUUAAAAAUAGAAAAUUUUGAAGGUCUUAUUUUAUGCUUCGCCUCCAGAGUUUUUAAAGAUCAUUUGCGUGAGAAUGGAUUUCAAAUUGUAGAAGAGGAUGAACGCUUUAUAAUAAACGGCUCAUUGUCCGACCUACAUCAGGCCAUUUAUAGCAAGGAACCAGUACAUGCCGUCAUAAUCGAUGUAGAUUUCAACUUGACAGCCUGGAAGUUGAUGAGAGCACAAGUGCAUUUGAAAAAUCCCCAAUGUUUAUUUAUAGCCGGUGCUGCAGAUCCUAAAAUACCAUUUGGAGGCAAUGAACUAAUUGGACCAGGUGCUUACAUAAAAAUCGUAGAGGAGGCCAAUCAAUGUAAAGCGAAAAUAUUUGGUAAACCUGGUGUGGAAUUGGGUGAACUUUUGCUCAAAACAUUCAAUAUAGAAGAUCCACAAAGGGUGCUAAUGUUGGGUGACAGCAUGAGGAGUGACAUAGAGUUUGGUAAAAUGUGUGGUUUUCAAACGUUAUUGGUGCUAACGGGUGGAACUAAACCUGAAGAUUUGGUUGAUGUAAUUACCGAAGAAAAUAAACCUGAUUACAUACUCGAAAAACUGGCAGAUUUAAAUGAUUUAAUUUAGUUAAAAUUUAUUUACAAAAAAAACGAAAUAAUUUACUAUUACUUAUAAAAAGCAUUAAAUACUACAAAAUACAAUCAUAACUUAAACAUUACAUUUAUUCAGAUCCUUCAUAAAUUCCACAAAA